CUUCAGCACGUCUAUCAUCAUGUCAAUCAUGUAUGAUUAUGCCAUAGCGCCCGUUGAUGAUCAUUUUCUCGUGCUCGUUGAACACUCAGUUGAGAUAAAUGUAAAAGCACUCAGGCCCAAGGUUGCAGCUGUUGUAACAGAGUUCCCCAUAUUGAAAAAACUUCCUCCUUGGUUCCCUGGAGUGAGCUUUGUAAGGGAUGCUAUAGUCCAGAGAACCCUCGUUCCCAUGAUUAUGGACAUGCCCUUUGAACAUGUGAAGAACAACAUGGCAACCGCAGGGACGGCUGCACCAUCGGUGGUGUCGGAUGCAUUGAAACGUAUACUGGUUAAAACACAAGAUGAAGAGGAGGCCGCUAUUCUUGAAAGGGGGAUUAAGGAAUCCAGUGCAUCUGGUUAUGUUGCUGCCUCAGAAACUGUAUGCUUUGACAUGAUUUAUAUUCUAGCCAUAUACUGACCAAAGGCCCAGACGACGUCCACUUUAUACGUCUUCCUGCUCGUGAUGGUUCUAUAUCCUGA